AUGUUGGGGUCAUCGGAAAACCGAACAAGUCAGAUCGGUACGCCUGCAAACAUACCUACGCCAAUUGACGAUCGCUCAGAGACGGGGAGUAUGCGGUCAAGCGCUAUGGAACACCAGUAUGUCGGCAGUGAACACUGGUCGGCGAUCAUGGAGAGUAUUGCCGAUUUGAAAGACCACUUCGAUCGAGAGGAACAGUCCAAGCUGGCAGAAAGUCCAACAGCAGAUUACUGCUUUGAAGACCCAAGCUCUUUCACCCAACGUCGAAGGUGGCAGCGCCCCUUGCUUUUGUACGGAUGCCGACCUGCAGCUUCAAGGUCAGAAAUCCUGUCCACCCUGCCGCCGAAAAACGCAGUAGACCGCUAUAUAUCUCGAUAUUUCAACCGUCUAGACCUCGUCUCUUCAUCAGCGUCCGUCCAUGGCCCAACGUUUCUCAAAGAGUACGAACAAUUCUGGCGCGAUCCCAACGACACUUCCACAAUGUGGAUCGGUCUUCUUUUCAGCAUGAUUUGCUUAGCUGUCAUCGCAUCAGACCCUUCCACUGACGUAUCUGAAGAUGGCCACCAACAGCUGCAAAUAGAACUGUACCGAGAGAAACUGGUACAAUGUCUGCUGAUGGGAGAGUAUACUCAAGGUGGCGACUAUGCGCUAGAGACUUUCAUGAAUUACGUCUACGUUGAAUUCAGGAUACAUGACGACGCGCAGAGGGAUGUUUGGUUCUUGCUUGGCCUCGAAGUCAACCUAGCCAAACGAAUGGGGUACCACAGAGAUCCCAAACACUUCCCGGAAAUCACCCCGCUAAAGGCAGAGAUGAGGCGCCGAGUAUGGGCAACCGUACUACUGGGAGACAUCUUGAUCUCAGGUCAGAUGGGAAUGCCCCGCAUGGUACGAGAUGGCGAGUUCGACACAGCCGAGCCACGAAAUUUAAACGAUGAAGACCUGCACGGAGAAAUGACAAGUCUACCACCGCCAAGGCCAGAGACAGAGCAUACAACAGCCCUGGGGAUCAUUGCUCGAAGGAGACUUCUGAUCGCUCUAGGGACCAUCUCCGACCUUGCAGCAUCCCUCAGCCCAAGUAGUUACGCGGACAUAAUGCGACUUGACGGGAUUCUUGAGCAGGCAUACAGCAGCAUCCCUCUACCACUCCGCAUGAAGUCUAUGGCCUCUAGCGUGACCGACUCCCCCCAAGUAAUCAUGGCCCGCCUUUUCCUUCGCCACAUGUUUUGCGAGGGAAAAGUCAUGUUGCAUCGCCGGUUCCUCUUCGCAAAAUCGACUAUAGAGCAUGAUGACGCGUACUCAUACUCAAGGACAGCUUGUCUUGAUGCAGCUCUUGGAAUGCUACAGAUCCAACAAACUUUAGACGAAGAAACGUGCCCCGGCGGCCAGCUCUUCAUGAUGCACUGGAGGGUAGGAUCUAUCAUGAACCACCACUUCUUGACAGCCACCAUGGUCCUCUGUUCGCUGGUUUACCAAAGGCAAACUUUGGGCCGGGAGAACGAGAUAUUGACUGCGUUGAGGACUGCUCGCAGCAUCUGGAUGAGAAAGGCCGAAGACUCAGUUGAAGCGAAGAAGGCAUCACAAGCAGUUAGCAUCGUCCUUGCGCGAGCUGGAGGUCCGAGGUUCGAUGCUACCCUUGUAGCUGACUGGCCUAUCCAACUGCUUUCAGAGCCUAUUGCAAAUUCGAAAGAUGCUUUUCUGGAAGGUCUUGUUGGAGAUCAAGUCAUGCUUGAUGAGCAAAUAUUCUUGACCGAGGCUUUCAUGUCAGAUGAAAGGGAUAACGGUGAGUACGAACUUGAGACAUAA